GACCAAGAGGCGUAGAGCCACAUCAAGGGAUGCUCUAUCUUAAGGAAAUUGCCCAAUCUAGGAUCUCAAUUAGAUGAGCGAAAACACACAAUAAACUUGCAAUGUUAAGACAUCAAAAUCCUAUAUAGAAAGUGAGAAUGUUGCCUGACAAUUUUUUAAAGCUUUAACAAAAAAAUUUAACUUUUACAAAAUCAUUUUAACGAAACGUGCGUUUUGUUAGGGAGGUGAACAUAUAUAAGAAACUCAAAACUCUUCCACAAUUUCAUGAACUCAUGAACCCUCCACUCCUUCCAUGAGCCGAGCCUUCACGCCAGCCAUAGAUGCGCCACCUAUGAUGCUAUAAACGCUGGCCAGUUCUCUUGUUUCUUCCUCUCCCUUUCAGCCCCAAACCCAGACUCAUCCCCCGUGUCCCUCCAAUGUGCCCUUUUGCAAAGACAGAAGAAGAAGCAACCUUAGUGCCUGCAGAGCAACCUUCUGUUCUACAUCAGCUGUACCUAGAUUUUAUUUGAUCGACUCCUUCCCUGUUGGCUAUAUGAUUAUACCUUCCCUUCGUGAAGUAAUACCCUUUUAUGCUACUCUCUUUGAAGCAUGCAUUUCCACCAAGAACCUUCAAAGCCUAAAACAAAUUCAUUCUCAGACAUUAACACUUGGCAUUGCCCGUCAUGACUUCAUUCGAACCAAGCUCAUAUGUUCCUAUGCUUGUUGUGGCCAAUUGCCCCAAGCCAACUUUCUAUUCUCUUUUGCCAAACGCCAACCCACCUUCCUAUUCAACACCUUCAUUCGGGUCUAUUCCUCUCACAAAUUAUUCUCCCAGUCUCUCUCCUUUUUCCACCAAAUGCUAAUUUCCCACAAGCCCAUUGACUGCCACACCUUGCCUGUCGUGCUCAAAUCUUGCGCUGGGUUAUCAUCCUUGAGGCUUGGUCGACAAGUUCAUGGGGCUGUUUUUGUUCAUGGGUUUGGCUCAGACAUGGCAAAUUCAAAUGCAUUGAUCACGAUGUAUGCAAAGUGUGGUCAUUUGGCUGGUGCACGUAAAGUGUUUGAUGGAAUGCCAGAGAGGAAUGAGAUUUCAUGGUCAGCAAUGAUGGCUGGUUAUGGCAUGCAUGGGGGUUUCGCCGAGGUGUUUCAGUUGUUUGAGAAAAUGGUAAGCGAGGGACAAAGGCCAGAUGGGGUGACGUUUACUACAAUUUUGACUGCUUGUAGUCAUGGGGGGUUAACGGAAGAGGGAAGGCUGUACUUUGAGAUGAUGGAAAGGAGGUUUGGGCUAAGGCCUAUUUUGGAGCACUAUACAUGUAUGGUGGAUAUGUUGGGAAGGGUAGGAAGGGUCGAAGAAGCAGAGGAGUUAAUUUUGGGGAUGGAAUUGGAACCAGAUGAGGCAUUAUGGAGUGCUCUGUUGGGAGCUUGUAAGCACCAUGGGAAGGUGGAAAUGGCGGAAAGGGUGGAAAAUAAGCUUUAUGGAAGGCGACUGAGUCUAGCAAAUGGGUAAGUGAGUUUAGCUCAACAAGCUUGAUUUUAGCUUUUCUCAAAACAUUUUGGGGAUGGAAUUGGAACCAGAUGAGGCAUUAUGGAGUGCUCUGUGGGAGCUUGUAAGCACCAUGUGAAGGUGGAAAUGGCGGAAAGGGUUGAAAAUAAGCUUUAUGGAAGGCGGCUGAGUCUAGCAAAUGGGUAAGUGGGUUUAGCUCAACAAGCUUGAUUUUAGCUUUUCUCAAAAGUGUAUUCAAUCUAGAUUUUAAAAUAUUUUUAUUGAUUUUUUAAAUAAAUGAUUUUUGAUAGAUUUAAUUAA